ACAGUCCCCAUUUUCAUAGGCGAAACGGCUCUUUUUUUCUCAACCGGUCCCUGUUUGGGAAACGAGUUCUUGAUUAUGGUGGCGGUAGUAGAAACGUUGGAUCCUUUGCUGCCUUAUCCUUUGUGCUUUGUCCUGAGCUCCGCGUAUCUCAUGACAACAAUUCAUAAGCAUAUCAUAGAAAAUGACUCAACAGCUCAUAUGAAUGAACGGAAUAAGUUUAUAGAAUCUAUUUGCCAGCUUUGACACUAUUUCUUUGUCUUUUGAGUUCAUGUCUUUCUUCUACCUAGAGGAAAAGCCAUGUUGUUAGGCACCUUCGCUCACCAGACCCCUGUUACAUAUCUGUAUUAAUAUCUGAUGUGAGAGCCCAGUUGUUCAAUUUGCUUGAUUUUGGGGUUUUUAUUCGAUUUUUGGAAGAUGGGUCUGGACGAUUUGGCCGUUGAGAAGAAGAGAGUUGUGGUUAUUGGUGGCGGAGCUGCGGGUUCUCUGGCAGCUAAGACCCUUCAAAACUAUGCAGAUGUUUACCUGAUUGAUACGAAAGAGUAUUUUGAAAUCACCUGGGCAAGCUUGAGAUCAAUGGUUGAACCUUCAUUUGCGAGAAGAUCGUUAAUUAAUCAUGUAGAAUACCUGCCUAAAGCACACGUCGUCGCAACCACUGCAGUUGAUCUCACAGACAGUGAAGUCCUGACCACAGAAGGACGCAUGGUAGCUUAUGAUUAUCUUGUAAUUGCCACAGGCCACAUGGGUGAUGGCCCCAGCACAAAGGCUGAGAAGCUUAAUUACUACCAAGCAGAACAUGAGAAGAUAAGUUCUGCAAACUCAAUAUUGAUAAUUGGCGGGGGGCCAACUGGUGUAGAACUUGCUGGUGAAAUAGCUGUGGAUUUUCCUGAUAAGAAGGUGACACUGGUUCAUCGGGGAUCUAGGUUGUUAGAGUUUAUUGGAGAAAGGGCAGGAAAAAAGGCACUUGAUUGGUUGAUCUCAAAGAAUGUUGAAGUCAUCUUGGGGCAGUCAGCUAACUUGAAUGACAAUUCAAAUGGCGUUUAUCAAACAUCUGCUGGAGAAACCAUCGAGGCUGAUUGCCACUUUAUCUGCAUAGGCAAGCCAGUUGCUUCAUCCUGGCUAAAGAAGACUACUUUUGGUGACAGUGUGGAUGUCCAUGGAAAGUUAAUGGUGGAUGCAAAUUUGAGAGUCAAAGGUCACAAGAAUGUGUUUGGUAUUGGUGAUGUCACUGAUAUUCCUGAACUCAAACAAGGCUACCUGGCUGAACAGCAUGCUUUGGUGGCUGCUAAGAAUGUGAAGCUGUUGAUAAAAGGAGAGAACGAGAAGAGAUUGGCAACUUAUAAGCCUGCUUCAUCAGCAUUGGCAUUCGUUUCACUGGGGAGAAGAGAAGCAGUGGCUCAAAUUUUUUGUAUAACCAUUGUUGGGCGCCUGCCUGGCUUGAUAAAAUCUGGGGACUUGUUUGUUGGGAAGACGAGAAAACAGCUAGGCCUAAGCUCCAAUGUUAACUAGGAUGCAUACUUUUGUGUUCACGUGAAUUUGUCAAAGUGCAAUCUGUAAGUUUAUAAAAUGCUCACUGUAUAAUUAUUGCUUUGGGAGAAGGCAAAUUCUCCAAUUCUGCAACCAGUUAGAUCAA